AGACGAUGCCACAAGAAGGAUGAUGAAAUUCCUCAUAUGACCUGAGCUGGCUGUGGAGUACAACAUGCUUGGCCGAUAUGGGAAAAAAAAGUUCAGAGAUUUACGUCUUUUUAAUGUUGUGUAUGAGGCACUGAAGAAGAAUUAUUUAACAUCAAAAGUCAACUUGCAAGAAGCAAAGAAGGCUCUCUCCAAGUGGUUCACUGGAACUAAAGACAGAGGAGGACCGAGGGCUGCAAGGAUUCCAGCCAGAGUGGAUUCUGGAGUCUUCCCACGCUCCUGUUAGUGAUCCUCCAUCUGGAUGGAUGAUAACAAUCUUCUGAACAAUCUAGCAGGUGGAGUUGGCCCAUAUCUAUGGCAAUGAUUUCUGCUAAUAACGCCCAUUGUAUGGACUGAUAACAUCCGAAGCGGGUGAAUAAAGUUACCCAGUCGCUAGCUGUGCCAUUACCAAGCAUACAUCACUCCCUCCAUCAAUGCAAUAAACGAUACAAAAGUAGUAGCCUGUAUUUAAUUUAUCUGCUUUUUUUCGGGUAGUUGUUCACAUUAUAUAAUUUGUGUUCAGUAUACGUCACUAACAAUGUGAUUUCAGAAAUAUAUAAAUAUACGGACAACAGGCUCAUCCGCAGAAAUCUAUUGUCGUCAAUAAACAACGUUUAGGAAGCUCUAUAGUAUUCAAUAAGUGUACCCUACACAUCAAUUCUCGACGCGAGGGGGGUACCCUGCGCGUUGAUAAAUGAAGCAGAGGGAGCCUGACCAUGCGUCACACUUUUGACGAGUUAGGAGUGAGAAUGUGUUGGAACUGCAUUACCAAAACAAAAAAUAGUGGGUAACACAAAUGACAGUCCAGCAGCAGGUUCCAUAACAUGUUUCAGGAACAGGAACUAAAUGGUUUUAUUUGGUUUAUGUUCAGUGGAUAACAACUUCUAAGUUGCUAGUAGAUGUGAUACACUCAAUAUAAAUGGAGAGAUUAUUUACAAACCUUUAGGAACCUCUGCAUUAUCAUCACAAUAUUAGACAGUUAGGUUCUUUGUAUCUUAACCUGUCUUUGAUCUAAACUUUGUCCACUUCAACAUUUUUCAGUCUGCUUUUGUUAAUUUGUAAGUUAUCAGGGUGUGAUUCUUAAUAAAUUGGAAAUCAUUUUAGCAAAAAUUUUCAUUUUUGAAUAUCAAGAGAUCCUACGCACAUGGCAAAAUUGGUAAGGCCCGAAUCUGUCCCACACAAUGUGCUUACAUAUGCCCCACGUACUGCAAAGAAUGACGGCUCUUUAGUGGUCCAGAUCAGGUUUGCCAGAGGUGGCCAGCACAAGGCCAGUUGCAGACACACUCGUGGUCCUGUGCUGGCCCAGAACAGUCUCAGCUCUGGACCCAGAUGUCAGCCUUUUGUAUACCUUAAUCAAGCUAUGUUAUAACAACAUGUGCCGUAUUUAGCACAGAUUAAAAAAAUCUCAACAAAGGAAACGCAGCAAAUUUAUUUUAAAUUGAAUAAUUUAUAUAAUUUAUAAUUAGCAAUAUAUCAAAUAAUACUGCUGCUGGAACAUAAUAGUGCAAUAGUAACAUGCUUCCUUCAUACACACAUUCACACUCUGAAUACUUGACAUGCAGGCUGGAGGAGCCAGGGAUCAAACUACUCACCUUCCGAUCAGUAGGUGACCUGCUCUACCUCCUAAACUACAGAGAAUUCUGAGUUAAGUCCCACCCCUUCAGAACCCUUUUUUCUCAAAAGGGAAAUGCUUGUGGUCUUGUUGAUACUUGUUCACAUUCUAAGCUGCAGCGCUCAUCAGAUACAAACUCUCUGCCAAAGAUGAAGGACUUUCUGACUAAUUUUCCCUUUAGGGCUCUCAGCAUUUUUGUUACCAUCAUUGGCAGUUUCACAUACAAUAUUUUACUUGAGCGGAAUGCGGCAUGCACUUGUAAAGAUCAAGCUAAUGACUGCAACAUGUAUAUGGCCAUGCCAACUUUCAUAAUUUUUUUCUUAGUACUUUGGACAGACAAGACAUUACAGAAGACCUGGAAAUAUGCAUUUGGAUGUAAACAGGGAUGUGUCAUGAUUCAGUUAUGUGGAGUCUUCUGGAGUCGAAUUAUUAAGGCAAUUUGUGUUGGUCUGCUGUGGGUUGUCUCUGUGCUCGUUGAUGGAGACUGGUAUAUUUGUUGUAAGAGUGGAACAGAACAAUCACAGUUAGCCUGCAAAGAUAAAACCAACAUCACAGCUGAGGAAAAGGUGGCCAUCAAUACUCUGAAAAACACAUCAGUGAAGAAGGACCAGCAGCCGCUAGGCCCAGGAUCCUCCAGCAACCACCGGGCCCAGGAUCCUCUAGCAAGGCACCAACAAGUAAAUCGACAGUGACUUCAACGGCCCAUCACAAGAAUCUGGAUCUCCUUAUUCCACACCUGCUUCAAUACCACAGACCUCUCCAUCCACCCCGGUAGAUGUCACUGGUUCAACAGCAGUGGAUAACAACACAGGAGUUGAGGGGGCGGUUCGCCUGGUAAAUAGGGGUUACGGCUCCUGCUCUGGCAGGGUGGAGAUCUUCCACAGAGGCCAGUGGGGGACAGUGUGUGAUGAUUCUUGGGGCCUGGAGGAUGCUCAGGUGGUAUGUAGGCAGCUGGGCUGUGGUAGGGUCCUCUCAGCAUCAACUAAUGCACGAUUUGGUGCAGGCAGAGGGCCCAUCUGGAUGGAUGAUGUGACAUGCACAGGCCGGGAAUCCAACCUGUUUGAGUGUCGCCACUCAGGGUUUGGAUCCCACAACUGUGGCCACAAUGAAGACGCCGUUGUCAUCUGUGAAGAAUCUGGAUCUCCUUAUUCCACACCUGCUUCAAUACCACAGACCUCUCCAUCCACCCCGGUAGAUGUCACUGGUUCAACAUCAGUGGAUAACAACACAGGAGUAAAGGGGGUGGUUCGCCUGGUAAAUAGGGCUUACGGUUCCUGCUCUGGCAGGGUGGAGAUCUUUCACAGAGGCCAGUGGGGGACAGUGUGUGAUGAUUCUUGGGGCCUGGAGGAUGCUCAGGUGGUAUGUAGGCAACUGGGCUGUGGUAGGGUCCUCUCCAUACCAACUAAUACACAAUUUGGUGCAGGCAGAGGGCCCAUCUGGAUGGAUGAUGUGACAUGCACAGGCUGGGAAUCCAACCUGUUUGAGUGUCACCACUCAGGGUUUGGAUAUCACAACUGCGGCCACAAUGAAGACGCCGGUGUCAUAUGUGAAGAAUCUGGAUCUCCUUAUUCCACACCUGCUUCAAUACCACAGACCUCUCCAUCCACCCCGGUAGAUGUCACUGGUUCAACAGCAGUGGAUAACAACACAGGAGUUGAGGGGGCGGUCCGCCUGGUAAAUAGGGGUUACGGCUCCUGCUCUGGCAGGGUGGAGAUCUUCCACAGAGGCCAGUGGGGGACAGUGUGUGAUGUUUCUUGGGGCCUGGAGGAUGCUCAGGUGGUAUGUAGGGAGCUGGGCUGUGGUAGGGUCCUCUCAGCAUCAACUAAUGCACGAUUUGGUGCAGGCAGAGGGCCCAUCUGGAUGGAUGAUGUGACAUGCACAGGCCGGGAAUCCAACCUGUUUGAGUGUCACCACUCAGGGUUUGGAUAUCACAACUGUGGCCACAAGGAAGACGCCGUUGUCAUCUGUGAAGAAUCUGGAUCUCCUUAUUCCACACCUGCUUCAAUACCACAGACCUCUCCAUCCACCCCGGUAGAUGUCACUGGUUCAACAGCAGUGGAUAACAACACAGGAGUAAAGGGGGUGGUUCGCCUGGUAAAUAGGGCUUACGGUUCCUGCUCUGGCAGGGUGGAGAUCUUUCACAGAGGCCAGUGGGGGACAGUGUGUGAUGAUUCUUGGGGCCUGGAGGAUGCUCAGGUGGUAUGUAGGCAACUGGGCUGUGGUAGGGUCCUCUCAGCAUCAACUAAUGCACGAUUUGGACAAGGCAGAGGGCCCAUCUGGAUGGAUGAUGUGCGAUGCACAGGCAGGGAAUCCAACCUGUUUGAGUGUCGCCACUCAGGGUUUGGAUCUCACGACUGCAGCCACAAAGAAGACGCCGGUGUCAUAUGUAAUGCAGCCCACCCCACCCCGCCCUCCAACUCACUCCCGACACUCUCAUUAACAUAAACAAUCAUGAAUACACACAUUCCCUCCCUAUGUGUCCGCCUGGUAAAUAGGGGUUACGGCUCCUGCUCUGGCAGGGUGGAGAUCUUCCACAGAGGCCAGUGGGGGACAGUGUGUGAUGGUUCUUGGGGCCUGGAGGAUGCUCAAGUGGUGUGUAGGCAGCUGGGCUGUGGUAGGGUCCUGUCCAUACCAACUAAUACACUAAUUGGACAAGGCACAGGGCCCAUCUGGAUGGAUGAUGUGUCAUGCACAGGCCGGGAAUCCAAGCUUUCUGAGUGUCGUCACUCAGGGUUUGGAUCUCACAACUGCGGCCACAAUGAAGAUGCUGGUGUCAUCUGUGAAGGUAAAUUUGAGAAGAAUGUUCGCUUGGUUAAUGGAGGACAUGGCUCCUGCUCUGGCAGGGUGGAGAUCCUCCACAGUGGCCAGUGGGGGACAGUGUGUGAUGAUUCUUGGGGCCUGGAGGAUGCUCAGGUGGUAUGUAGGCAGCUGGGCUGUGGUAGGGUCCUCUCUGCACCAACUAAUGCACGAUUUGGAGCGGGCAGAGGAUCCAUAUGGCUGGACCAGGUGACAUGCAGAGGCUGGGAAUCCAACCUGUUUGAGUGUCGCCACUCAGGGUUUGGAUCUCAUGACUGCAGCCACAGUGAAGAUGCUGGUGUCAUCUGUGAAGACCCUGGAUUUCCUUAUUCCACACCUGCUUCAACACCACAGACCUCUCCAGCUUUUCAGGUUAAUGUCACUGGUUCAACAACAGUGGACAACAGCACAGCAGUUGAGUGGGCGGUCCGCCUGGUAAAUAGGGCUUACGGUUCCUGCUCUGGCAGGGUGGAGAUCUUCCACAGAGGCCAGUGGGGGACAGUGUGUGAUGAUUCUUGGGGCCUGGAGGAUGCUCAGGUGGUAUGUAGGCAGCUGGGCUGUGGUAGGGUCCUCUCAGCAUCAACUAAUGCACGAUUUGGACAAGGCAGAGGGCCCAUCUGGAUGGAUGAUGUGAGAUGCACAGGCCGGGAAUCCAACCUAUUCGAGUGUCGCCACUCAGGGUUUGGAUCUCACGACUGCAGCCACAAUGAAGAUGCUGGUGUCAUCUGUGAAGAAACUCAAGUAAAUGUUCGCUUGGUUAAUGGAGGACAUGGCUCCUGCUCUGGCAGGGUGGAGAUCUUCCACAGUGGCCAGUGGGGGACAGUAUGUGAUGAUUCUUGGGGCCUGGAGCAUGCUCAGGUGGUAUGUAGGCAGCUGGGCUGUGGUGGGGUCCUCUUAGCACCAACUAAUGCACGAUUUGGACAAGGGACAGGGCCCAUCUGGAUGGAUGAUGUGAGAUGCACAGGCCGGGAAUCCAACCUGUUUGAGUGUCGCCACUCAGGGUUUGGAUAUCACAACUGCGGCCACAGUGAAGAUGCUGGUGUCAUCUGUCAAGCAGUUGAGUGGGCGGUCCGCCUGGUAAAUAGGGCUUAGGGCUCCUGCUCUGGCAGGGUGGAGAUCUUCCACAGAGGCCAGUGGGGGACAGUGUGUGAUGAUUCUUGGGACCUGGGGGAUGCUCAGGUGGUAUGUAGGCAGCUGGGCUGUGGUGGGGUCCUCUUAGCACCAACUAAUGCACGAUUUGGACAAGGGACAGGGCCCAUCUGGAUGGAUGAUGUGUCAUGCACAGGCCGGGAAUCCAACCUGUUUGAGUGUCGCCACUCAGGGUUUGGAUCUCACAACUGCGGCCACAGUGAAGAUGCUGGUGUCAUCUGUCAAGGUAAAUUUGAGAAGGUGGAUGAUUUUUUGUAUGUAUUCCCCUUUAUCACAGAAUCUCAAGGGAAUGUUCGCUUAGUUAAUGGAGGACAUGGCUCCUGCUCUGGCAGGGUGGAGAUCUUCCACAGUGGGCAGUGGGGGACAGUGUGUGAUGAUUCUUGGGGCCUGGAGGAUGCUCAGGUGGUAUGUAGGCAGCUGGGCUGUGGUAGGGUCCUCUCUGCACCAACUAAUGCACGAUUUGGAGCAGGCACAGGAUCCAUCUGGAUGGAUGAGGUUGCAUGCACAGGCAGGGAAUCCAAGCUUUCUGAGUGUCGCCACUCAGGGUUUGGAUCUCACAACUGCGGCCACAGUGAAGAUGCUGGUGUCAUCUGUGAAGACCCUGGAUUUCCUUAUUCCACACCUGCUUCAAUACCACAGACCUCUCCAGCUUUUCAGGUUAAUGUCACUGGUUCAACAACAGUGGACAACAGCACAGCAGUUGAGUGGGCGGUCCGCCUGGUAAAUAGGGGUUACAGCUCCUGCUCUGGCAGGGUGGAGAUCUUCCACAGAGGCCAGUGGGGGACAGUGUGUGAUGAUUCUUGGGGCCUGGAGGAUGCUCAGGUGGUAUGUAGGCAGCUGGGCUGUGGUGGGGUCCUCUCAGCAUCAACUAAUGCACGAUUUGGACAAGGCACAGGGCCCAUCUGGAUGGAUGAUGUGUCAUGCACAGGCCGGGAAUCCAACCUGUUUGAGUGUCGUCACUCAGGGUUUGGAUCUCACAACUGCGGCCACAGUGAAGAUGCUGGUGUCAUCUGUGAAGACCCUGGAUUUCCUUAUUCCACACCUGCUUCAACACCACAGACCUCUCCAGCUUUUCAGGUUAAUGUCACUGGUUCAACAGCAGUGGACAACAGCACAGCAGUUGAGUGGGCGGUCCGCCUGGUAAAUAGGGCUUACGGUUCCUGCUCUGGCAGGGUGGAGAUCUUCCACAGAGGCCAGUGGGGGACAGUGUGUGAUGAUUCUUGGGGCCUGGAGGAUGCUCAGGUGGUAUGUAGGCAGCUGGGCUGUGGUAGGGUCCUCUCAGCAUCAACUAAUGCACGAUUUGGACAAGGCACAGGGCCCAUCUGGAUGGAUGAUGUGUCAUGCACAGGCCGGGAAUCCAACCUGUUUGAGUGUCGCCACUCAGGGUUUGGAUCUCACAACUGCGGCCACAGUGAAGAUGCUGGUGUCAUCUGUCAAGAAUCUCAAGGGAAUGUUCGCUUAGUUAAUGGAGGACAUGGCUCCUGCUCUGGCAGGGUGGAGAUCUUCCACAGUGGGCAGUGGGGGACAGUGUGUGAUGAUUCUUGGGGCCUGGAGGAUGCUCAGGUGGUAUGUAGGCAGCUGGGCUGUGGUAGGGUCCUCUCUGCACCAACUAAUGCAAAAUUUGGAGCGGGCAGAGGAUCCAUUUGGUUGGACCAGGUGACAUGCACAGGCUGGGAAUCCAACCUGUUUGAGUGUCGCCACUCAGGGUUUGGAUCUCACGACUGCAGCCACAGUGAAGAUGCUGGUGUCAUCUGUGAAGACCCUGGAUUUCCUUAUUCCACACCUGCUUCAAGAACACAGACCUCUCCAGCUUAUCAACUUAAUGUCACUGGUUCAACAGCAGUGGACAACAGCACAGCAGUUGAGGGGGCGGUCCGCUUGGUAAAUAGCAGUUACGGCUCCUGCUCUGGGAGGGUGGAGAUCUUCCACAGAGGCCAGUGGGGGACAGUGUGUGAUGAUUCUUGGGACCUGGAGGAUGCUCAAGUGGUAUGUAGGCAGCUGGGCUGUGGUAGGGUCCUCUCCAUACCAACUAAUACACAAUUUGGACAAGGCACAGGACCCAUCUGGAUGGAUGAUGUGGCAUGCAUUGGAAGAGAAGCCAACUUGCCUGAGUGCCAACACUUAGGGUUUGGAUCUCAUGACUGCAGCCACAAAGAAGAUGCUGGUGUCAUCUGUGAAGUCUCUCAUACAGGUUUCUCUCCGCUUUUGGUUAUUGUAUCUGUGGUAGUGGCGGUUCUUCUGUUGCUUGUUGUUCUUUUGCUCAUCUACAAAAAGACGGCCACGGGCUAUCGUGGUUUCUCUAGUUAUAGAAGAAACUCAACCCAAAGCCAAACUGAGAUUGCUCUUACUGAAAAAUAUUCUACAGUCUCCACAUGUGAAGUCUCGACCUACUAGAGCGUUGAUCCAGCCAGCAGGAACCAGGACCAAACCUACUGUACUCUACUGUCACACACACGAAAUAGCAAAUUCUCCUGCCUUCCUUCAGAUGAAUAGAAAUGUGUUUGGGGGUUUCAUGUCUUAUCUAGAACCGUGGUCAAUUGUUCUGUAAGAACUAACUAUGUCACUUUCCUUGCCCUUACUAGGCCAGACCAGUAACACUGACACUGGCCAGUCAGGAACAUAAAACAUACAUAAAAGCAAGGAUGAGUUGACUCAGAAUCCAUUUGUUAGACUUGUCAUUGUUAUCCUCUCCACAGC